GUGCGUGAGUGUCGAAUCGUGACGGGCGCGCGCCAAGUACGGAUACGCGUUAUUUAAGUUGAGAAUGUGCGUGAUCAAAAUGUGACACUCGGUGGAUGUCAGCGUCAACGAUGAUCUGGAAAUACGUCGACCAAUGGAGCGAACUCGUCCCUGAGUGAAAGUGACAGCGUCCGCGUAUUCCUUGCACGGAGAACACUUCCGGAGAACAUGAGAUUCCCGUAACAAACCAAAGAUGGAGAACCAAGCUUUCGAGGAGGAGGCACGAGUGGAAGAAACCUAUAAUCCCCGAAUCGAGGAAACCUCGGACAACCACGUGUACGAGGACAUUCUACCAGGCACCGAGGUACCGACCGACCUAUCAAAGGUAUCCGACGAGGUUCCAAGUGCGUUUCGACGAAACCUCACGUUGCCCUUUCGUCGAGCGGUGGGUCCCGAGCCCGUCGCCACCAGCUCCUCCGUUCGCGUGAAUCGUAGAAGGAACGAGGCGGAAGAAUCGGACGACGUCCAGGCCGAAUGUAGACCCAACAGAAGACGCAGGAAGAAGGAUUGUAAACAUUGUAGGAACAAGGCGAACGACGACAGGGAGAAGAAUCGUCCGUACACCACGGAGCUAAAUGGUCGAAGGCUCGAUAAUUUGUCCGAUGUACCGGAGGACGCAACUGUGGAGGGAAGCAACGUGUUCACGAUCUCUGAGAAGGUUCAGAACGAGUCGAAGCUGAUCGAGUACGAGAAAAACAAUGGCCAGGAUGUUGGGAGCAAGGACGAUGGUGCGGAGAAGAAAACUAGGGCCGGGAUGAGGGUCAACUCGAUCUACUCUCAGGAUCGAUGGUACGCGAAGGAGACGCCGAUAUUCUUUACUGAUGUCAAGGAACAGGCUCCCUUUCAGAGGGCGUAUUCCCUCCCUUUGCGAACGCAAACACCGUCCUCGCAAAAUCGCAUUAACCUGCGACGCAGUGUCAGGGGGGAACCGCCGCCGCAUCCUGCGAGACUUCGUAAACAUCGCCACGGAUGGACCCUGCAUUUGGCGCGUCCUCUCGAGACACCCGGAUGUACCAGAUCUCUGUGGUUCCUGUUGGGUCUGAUAGUGACGUUGUUAGGAAUCGGUGCCUUCGCUCUGUACAUCGCUUUCGAGCCCGAGAAGCUGCAGAUCAUUCAACAGUACCUGAAGUCGUCAAAGAACGAGUCGAAGCUGCUGGCAGGUACCUUUCUUCCCGCCAUCACGCAACCGAAUAAUGUGACAACGGCUGGGAUAUUAACCAGCUUACUUCCGAGCGAUGAUCAGAAUAGCACUUUGUCGGAAUUGCAAACUGAAACGGAAGCUACAGUUAAUUCCACUAGGUACUGUGACGACUGCUUGACGGAAGAAGUUUGCGUGGCUCUUGCCGAUGAAGAGGUGCCCAUCUGCCGGGUUAGCCUCGACCCCAACGACCCCACAGGAUGCGCUGGCUUUUGUCUGGUUAACAAACAAAAGUGCCACCGACUUGAUGUAGAUGCUUUCAGGUGUGUGGACAUAGAGCACUACUGUCUGGACGACGAGUGGACCUGCUCCAACACUCUAUGCAUCCCCGUUGACAAACGCUGCGAUGGCCACAUGAAUUGCUACGACCACUCCGACGAGUACAAUUGCGUCUGCGAUCUGGAGACGCAUUUCCAGUGCGGUAACGAGACUUCCUGCCUUCCGUUGGAAAAGAGAUGCGACGGCAAGAUAGAUUGCUGGGACGCAGCCGACGAGAUUAAUUGCACGUUAGGUCGUAAUCUCGGUUGGUCAUGCCCAUCGGAAAACGAGUUCACGUGCAGUAACGGGCAAUGCAUAUUGAAAGCACGUUUCUGCGAUGGCUUGCCAGACUGUCUCGACGGAUCUGACGAACCUCAUGGGUGCCAAGGACGGUGCAACAAGCACGAGUUUACAUGCCAAAAUAGCAGAUGCAUCGCUAAGGGAAUGAAGUGCAACGGCGUCGACGACUGCGGCGACGGGAGCGACGAGCGUCAUUGUAAAGAUCGGAUUUCUUAGCCAAUAAUUACGCGUUACAGUAUUCCUUUUUCUAUCAUAGACACGUGUAAUUAAUGUAUAUAAUUGUGCUGUAUAGACACACGCAGUGGUACGUAAUAAAUGGUUUGACAAGCGCAAUACUUAAUAAUAAUUAGGAAACGAUACUUUUCACUUUUAUUCACACAUUAUAUACUUCCAGUUACAAUAGCAAUGAAAUUUCUUGUGUGUCUUACAUUAUUUUUCACCUAUUGUGAAUAAGAUAUAUAAUGUAUGUCUCUCUGUGUAUACAUGUAUGUGUGCGUGUGUGUAUACAUGUAAGAGAUCUUAAAUUUUAACGUCCUAAUCGUACUUAUACACACGCGUACAAGAAAAUUACGUAUACGUAGAUAUAUUUUUGUAUACAGUUAACCGCGUUUGUAUAAAGUCUUCUGAAAUGUAUGCGACUCCGCAGAAUUUCUACCUAGUCUUUUACCUAAACAAAAUGUUUUCCUCGAGUGAAUAAAGUAUAUACAAAUUAUAUAAUA